CAGUGUAUUAUUUUUUUUUCCAGCGGAACGGGUUUAACAUCAGAGAAAUUCAUGAAGCAACCGCAGAAUGAGCCAGUUUUAACCUACAAAAAAGGCAGCCCCGAACGAAUAGCCCUCGAAAAAGCAGUCUCAGAGUUGGCUGGAGCAACCGCGGAAGUACCGCUACGAAUUGGAAGCGAGAAAAUUUACAAUAAUCUCGAGUAUAAUCAAGUAAUGCCAUCGGAUCAUCAAAAAACCAUUGCACGAUUCACGCAUGCCUCAGCAGAACAGAUCAAUGAAGCGAUACGUUUGGGAUUGGAUGCUAAACAGAAGUGGGAACGCAAACCCCUCAGGGAAAGAGCCGAUGUUUUGUUGCAUGCAGCAGAUCUUUGUGCUGGAAAAUAUCGUAUGCGACUAAAUGCAGCAACAAUGUUAGGUCAGGGGAAGAAUAUUGUACAGGCGGAGAUCGAUUCAGCCUGUGAACUCAUCGAUUUCUUCCGUUUCAAUUCAAUGUUUGCACUGAAUCUCGAAAAAUAUCAACCAAUUUCACCGAAAAAUGUCACAAACACCAUGCAUUACAGAGGACUUGAAGGAUUUGUAGCCGCUGUUGCUCCAUUCAAUUUCACAGCAAUUGGUGGUAAUCUGCCAACAGCACCCGCAUUAAUGGGUAAUACUGUAUUGUGGAAGCCUGCAAGCACUGCGAUUUUAAGUAACUAUAUAAUUUAUGAAGCACUCGAAGAAGCCGGUCUUCCGCCGGGCGUAAUUUCGUUUUUACCCUCAGAAGGCCGUGUUUUCGGUGAUACGACCACUUCCAGUCCUUAUCUUUCCGCAAUUAACUUUACUGGCUCGGUGCCAACAUUUCAAUAUUUGUGGAAGAAAGUUGCUGAGAACCUGGAUAAAUACGUUUCGUUUCCAAGACUUAUAGGAGCAGCCUACGAAUAUCAGGGACAGAAAUGCAGUGCCUGUUCACGAAUUUAUGUCCCGGAAAGUCUAUGGCCUGCGCUACAGCAAAAACUCGCAGCUAUACAAAAGGAAAUUAAAGUUGGCGAUGUACGCGAUGGAUCAAUAUUCAUGACGGCAGUUAUCGAUGCAAAAGCCUUCAAAAGUAUCACAGGAUAUAUUGAUUAUGCAAAAACGGGAGCCGAUGGAGCGAAAAUUAUUUUUGACAGCGAAGCGAUGGAUGUUGUAAGGAAGCUCAAAGAUGCAACACCAUUCGGUCUUACUGGAGCUGUAUUUUCUCAGGACAAGGAAUUUUUGUAUAAAGCUCGUGACAUUUUACGAGAUGCUGUUGGAAAUAUGUAUCUAAAUGAUAAAUCAACUGGUUCAGUGGUUGGACAACAGCCCUUCGGUGGAGCACGCAUGAGUGGAACAAACGACAAAGCUGGUGGCCCACAUUAUGCACUACGCUGGACUUCUCCACUUUGCAUCAAGGAAACAUCGGUCCCCCAAACCGAAUGGAGAUAUCCUUCGAUGGAUUGA